CCAGAACGUUCACUGCUUAGCGCUCGCUCACUAUGGCUUUCGGACUUGCUAUUGGCACGGAGCGCGCUGCGGCCCUGCAGACGUCGAUACAAAAUGAGCUCACCAGAAGAGGUCUGAGCGCGGACGACGCCGUCAUGGCGGAGUAUAUCACCAUUAUGAUAAUCAACAACAAGACCUCUGCCCAAAUCACUGCCGAAUUGAACGACUUGAUUGGCCCAGAGUACGAAUCAAGCUUUACGGAUUGGCUUUUCGAAGAAGCAGCGAGGACAGCGCCUCAGGAGGCGCCUGCUCCAGCGCCGCCUGCAGCUGUCCCCGAGCAGCGGACCGAAAUUCGAUCACAACUUCCAUCCGCCCCUGCUGGCCAGCGCGACGGCCGCGCUCCCCGCAAUGGCGUCUAUCAGCAAGCAAUAUCUGCCGCGCUCCCCUCAUCAUCUCAGAAGCGUACUGCCUCUGCCCGCUCCCCCUCCCCUGGCCACCCCAACAAGAUGCGUCGCAUGGACCUGCCCACGGGCCCGCGUGCCAUGCGCAGCAACGACAACGUCCCGAACGGCGCGCCGCCACACCAUCGCAGCCUUCUUGAGCGCAUGGGCCCGCGCCAGGAGGGCUUCCCCAAUCCCGAGAUGCAGCAAGCCAUGGCUGGCAUGUCGCCCGAGAUGAUGAUGGCCGCCGCGAACGGCGGCUUCCCGCCCGGCAUGGACAUGAUGAACAUGGGCGCCAACCCGAUGAUGCUGCAGGAGAUGAUGAUGAACCAGAUGGCGCUUAUGGCCCAGAUGGCCUCGUCUAUGGGUAUCAUCAACCCUGCGACUGGGCAGUUCGGUGGCAAUCAGGGCUUCCCGCCAAAUGGCGACAUGAGCGGGUUCCAGGGUAACGGCAACUUCCAGCAGAAUGGCCGUGGGCGGGGUGGAAUGAGGGGGAGGGGAGGUGGGAGGGGAGGCCGUGGUGGGCACAACAAUGGUCCUAGACCCUCAGAACCUCCUCAAAACCAGACAAACGGCGCACCUCCGGCUGCGCCGCCCGCUAUCGCUGCUCCUCAGCCGAAGCCUGCUUCUGCUGCCCCAACUCCCGCUCCUCCCUCUGCGACUCCGCAACGACCUGGUUUCGUUGCUCCUGAAAGGCCGCAAUCCCCGACGCUCUGCAAGUUUGGCAUUAAGUGCACGAAUGCGCUUUGUCGGUACUCGCAUCCGUCGCCGGUCGCUACGCCUGAGAGUGGCGUCGUUUUGAGCAACGAGGCGUGCGAGAACGGGAAGAACUGCAAGGAUCAGGACUGCACAAAGGCGCAUGUUAGUCCUGCUGUCUUACGUCCUCAAGCCGAGCAAAGCGCUCCUCAUCACCAACACCAGCACCACGCCCCGCCGACACCCAGCCAGAUUCCAUGCAAGUUCGGGGUUGCCUGCACACGCCCCGGCUGCACCUUCUACCACCCCCGUCCCCCAGCGAGCAACAACCUCACCCAGCAGUGUCGCUACGGCGCCGGCUGCACGCGCGCGACGUGCCCCUUCCAGCACCCCAAGGGCCGCGUCCUACCGAACUCCUUCCACUACGGCCUGGAGACCGCCGGCCCCACGGUCACGAUCAAGAACCCGGAGACGGGGGCGACGAUCCUGACCACGGGCGCGAGCCCGCAUCGGAGCGUGACGUUCAACAACGCGGCGGGCAUGCAGGGGCAGCUCGAGCAGCGGAUGAAGGAGCUGGAGGCGAAGAAGCAGGAGCUCAAGGAGCUGGAGGCCAAGAAGGAGGAUGCGACUCCCGUGGCUGCGACGUCGUAAAGUGCGGCGUAGGCGGUGUGGUGCCGCCGCUAGUAGACAGUGAGUUCAGGUGGCGAACGCCUGAGCCUCACCACCACCUUUUCUAUGUAUUGUUUCCAUCUGCUGUAUCAUCGAGCCCGAGGCUGCCUGCAUCAUCUCUUCCAUCUUCAUACCAUACAUAGUACCUUGCUCUACCACACACAGUACUUGUUCCGCGUAGUGCAGAUGACAUACGGUACCGCCUUACAUACGACCGGAAAGGAGGAGCGACGAAUGCAAUUGUGGACAGGCGGCCCUCAGACGAAGGGCCGCUGGUCAUCGACUCCUCACACUGC